CUGCACAGCUUCCUGCCCCCAGCACUCUGGUCUGCUGCACCAUGGCACUAACUAUCUACUUUUCGUGCCUCCUGGUCCUGUUGGUGGCGGGCCUGGUUCAAGGCAUCAAGGGCUCCCUCAGGGGCCAGGACCCAGGUCCCCAGCCACUGGAACUGAAAGAGGUCUUCAGGUUGUUCCAGAUCCAGUACAACCGGAGUUACUCGAACCCAGCAGAGCAUGCUCGCCACCUCGACAUCUUUGCCCACAACCUGGCCCAGGCGCAGUGGCUACAGAAGGAGGACUUGGGCACAGCCGAGUUUGGGGUAACUCCAUUCAGUGACCUCACAGAUGAGGAGUUUGGUCAGCUCUACAGACAUCAGAGCACAGUUGGAGGGCUCCCUAAAAUGAGCAGACAGGUAGGAUCUGAAGAGUGGGGGGAGCCCCUGCCCCCCACCUGUGACUGGAGGAAGGCAGCCGGUAUCAUCUCUUCCGUCAAGAACCAGGAAAACUGCAACUGCUGCUGGGCCAUGGCAGCAGCUGGCAACAUUGAGGCCCUAUGGGGCAUCAAACACCGUCAGUCCGUGGAAGUCUCUGUGCAGGAACUGCUCGACUGUGGCCGCUGUGGGAAUGGCUGCAGGGGUGGCUUCGUCUGGGAUGCAUUUAUAACCGUCCUCAACAACAGUGGCCUGGCCAGCGAGAAGGACUACCCAUUCCAGGGGAAUGUCAGAGCCCACAGGUGCCUGGCCAGAAAGCACAAGAAGGUGGCCUGGAUCCAGGAUUUCAUCAUGUUGCCGGACAACGAGCAGAAAAUCGCCUGGUACCUGGCUACUCAGGGCCCCAUCACCGUGACUAUCAACAUGAAGCUCCUUCAGCAAUACCAGAAGGGUGUGAUCAAGGCCACGCCUACCACCUGUGACCCCCGGCUUGUGGAUCAUUCUGUCUUGCUGGUGGGUUUUGGGACAAGCAAGUCGGUGGAGAGGAAGCCCGCAGAGGCAGUCUCAUCCCAGGCUCAUCCUCAACACUCGACCCCUUACUGGAUCCUGAAGAACUCAUGGGGAGCCAGCUGGGGCGAGAAGGGCUAUUUCCGGCUGCACCGAGGGAGUAAUACCUGUGGCAUUACCAAGUACCCACUCACUGCCCGAGUGGACCAACCAGUUAAGAAGCAGCGAGUUUCCUGCCCUCGCUGAGCCUACCUGGACACCCCUCCACUCUCUCCUGCUAUUCCCGCUGCCUCCUUACCAGCCCCACCCCAAGCCUUUUGCCUGCCCUCCCAGUCUUCUUGCUACAGCUUAAAUAAACCAAGACAAGCCCCCUGC